AUGACCACUAUGUUGCUGGAGGUUGUUUUUUUCCUCUUGAUUACACUAGUGGAUGUCUCCAAGGAAAAGUACCUGAAACAACAGACAGGGGUGGGCUGCUAUAAAUGUCACUCCAUCAACGGCAGUGAUGCUCACUGCGGAGACCCAUUCCAUCCAGCAUACAACAUGCAACGCUACUUUGCAAAGUGUGAACAGGCACAAGACAAACGGGUGGGGCUCUUCCCCGCCCGUUACUGUACCAAAAUCAAAGGCACUAACUUGAAGACAAAUGAGGAAAUGAUCAUCAGAUCCUGCAGUAACUCCGCCUUUGACAACACCUGUGGCUUGUUCGAGUUUGAGCACACCCGUUAUUCGGGAUGUUUGAUGUCGUGUUCUAGAGAUGCCUGCAAUGUGGCGCCCAGCUUGUACAGAUGUGACAGUCGUCUGGCUGUGGUCUCUCUGACCACAAUGCUCGCAUUCAUCAUUCAGUCCACUCUUUGCCACAAAUGCAGGUUGUGA